AUGCCUGAACCAGCGAAGUCCGCACCGAAGAAAGGCUCCAAGAAGGCCGUCACUAAGACCGCCGGUAAGGGAGGAAAGAAGCGUAAGAGGUCCAGGAAGGAGAGUUACGCUAUCUACGUGUACAAAGUGCUGAAGCAGGUUCAUCCUGACACCGGGAUCUCCUCCAAGGCGAUGGGCAUCAUGAACUCCUUCGUCAACGACAUCUUCGAGCGCAUCGCCGGUGAGUCUUCUCGUCUCGCUCACUACAACAAGCGCUCCACCAUCACAUCAAGAGAGAUCCAGACCGCCGUGCGUCUGCUGCUGCCCGGUGAACUGGCCAAACACGCCGUGUCUGAGGGCACAAAGGCCGUCACCAAGUACACCAGCUCCAAGUAAAGUGUGAUGAAGCUUUCAGCGACACCAAAGGCUCUUUUAAGAGCCA